AUGUAUGCAAGAGUAGAAGACGCAUCCGAAGGUAGAGAGGGUCUGACAUUGCCUCUUGCCUCACAAAAGCAACGUCUAACAAGACGCUCUCUGCUUGGUCUUCAAAUACUGCUUUUCAUUGGUGCUGUCACAUUCUUUGUUAUGUUGUACAAGUCUUUCGCUCUUGGUGCUGUUGUUGGAUGCGUUGGUGGAGCUGUUGCCUCUUCUAAGAGCUCUUCGGACAAUCAUGUUCCUCAAUACUUCCAAACCAAGCCCGAGAUCUUCGCCGGUCAGCAUGUACAUCAAUUCUCUCUUGCUCUGAUACUGAUAUAG